CACAUGACUUCCCGUCCCGGGGCACCUCCUGAAGAACAAGGACGCGGGGGAGCAGAGAUGGUUCGAGCCGCGCUGUCGCCGCCGUUCCUCCUGCCGCUGCUGCUGCUCUCCUGGGCGCCCCGAAGCCAGGCAGCCGCCGACAAGGACGAGAUCCAGUGCCUGCCCGGACUGGCCAAACAGCCGUCUUUCCGCCAGUACUCUGGCUACCUCCGAGGCUCCGGCUCCAAGCACCUGCACUACUGGUUUGUGGAGUCCCAGAAGGAUCCCAAGAGCAGCCCUGUGGUGCUUUGGCUCAACGGAGGGCCAGGCUGUAGCUCCCUGGACGGGCUCCUUACUGAGCACGGCCCCUUCCUGGUCCAGCCCGAUGGUGCCACCCUGGAGUACAACCCCUAUUCUUGGAACCUGAUUGCCAAUGUGUUGUACCUCGAGUCCCCAGCUGGGGUGGGCUUUUCGUACUCCGAUGACAAGUCUUAUGCGACCAAUGACACGGAAGUCGCCCAGAGCAAUUAUGAAGCCCUUAAAGAUUUCUUCCGCCUUUUCCCGGAGUACAAGGACAAUGAGCUUUUCCUGACCGGAGAGAGCUACGCCGGCAUCUACAUCCCCACUCUGGCCGUGUUGGUCAUGCAGGACCCCAGCAUGAACCUGCAGGGGCUGGCUGUGGGCAAUGGACUCUCCUCCUAUGAGCAGAACGACAACUCCCUGGUCUAUUUCGCAUACUACCACGGCCUUCUGGGGAACAGGCUCUGGUCUUCCCUCCAGACCCACUGCUGUUCUCAAAACAAGUGUAACUUCUACGACAACAAAGACCCAGACUGCGUGACCAGUCUUCAGGAAGUGUCCCACAUCGUAAGCAGCUCUGGCCUCAACAUCUACAACCUCUACGCCCCGUGUGCUGGAGGGGUGCCCAGCCAUUUAAAGUAUGAGAAGGACACCAUCGUGGUCCCAGAUCUGGGCAACAUCUUCACUCGCUUGCCACUCAAGCGGAUCUGGCAUCAGACACUGCUGCGUUCUGAGGGGAGGGCGAACCUGGACCCCCCCUGCACGAACACAACAGCCGCCUCCACCUACCUCAACAACCCGUAUGUCCGGAAGGCCCUCCACAUCCCCGAGCAGCUGCCCCAAUGGGACAUGUGCAACUUCCUGGUGAAUAUCCAGUAUCGCCGUCUCUACCAAAGCAUGUACAGCCAGUACCUGAAGCUGCUCACCCCGCAGAAAUACCGGAUCCUGCUGUACAAUGGCGAUGUGGACAUGGCCUGCAAUUUCAUGGGAGAUGAGUGGUUUGUGGAUUCCCUCAACCAGAAGAUGGAGGUGCAGCGCCGGCCCUGGUUGGUGGACUACGGGGACAGCGGGGAGCAGAUCGCUGGCUUCGUGAAGGAGUUUUCCCACAUCGCCUUCCUUACCAUCAAGGGCGCCGGACACAUGGUCCCCACCGACAAGCCCCAGGCUGCCCUCACCAUGUUCUCCCGCUUCCUGAAUAAGCAGCCGUACUGAGGACCACGGGGACCAGCCCCCCCUCCGCCCCCACCGCCCGAUCCAGCCCUUCCCAGCCUCUCCUGCUAGAAAGGAGAUCCUCACUGAUGCAAAAUGCCCCUGUGGGGCAGGUCCCUGCCUCCACAACUACCCCCACCUGCCCCUCCCCACCUCCACAGCCCUGUGCAUCCCAGACCUGGCCCCCCAGCGCCCCACUUAGACAGCCUGGGGGGGAGUUUGCACUUUAUUCCCGGCUGGGGUGGGGCCCAGCCCCUCCCUGCUUAAAGAAUGCUCUUCGUGCACUGAUCGCAUCCCAGGAACACAGCAGAGCUCAGGACAGCCCAUGGGAGGCCGGACGGACUGUAAUUGAUGGCUUGACAGUGAUUAUGGAAUAAAAUUGGGUACAAUUUAAAA